AUGUAUUGACAAAUAUUAAUGUUUGUUUUCAUCUUUGUUACAGAACAAGAAGAAAGGCUGAACGUGUUCGAAAUGUGAUUCAAACACCUAGUACUUAAUACCAGUGAUAAUAUUAGUGAUAACGUGCCAAUUACUUAGUAUUCGUAAGAGUAAACCAUGGACCCCAAGUAUUUCGAUACUGUACGAGAGCAGAAUCCGAGGGAGACGGCAAAUGCCCUAUCAAAGUUGACUUAUUGGUACACUCGUCCCGUGUUCGCGAAAGGAAGGAAAGGUCAACUCAGCAUAUCGGAUGUUUACAGAUGUAGCGAAGAGCACAGGGCUACCCCACGCGGUGACGAGCUGGGCCAAAUAUGGAAACAGGAAUUACAGAAACAAGGAAAAGGCGAAAAGCCGUCCCUCCUACAAGCCAUCAUGAGAAUCUACGGUAUGAAGUUCGUCAUAGCCAAUGUGAUCUUCGCCAUGUGUGAAACUAGUGUUAAGUUAGCAAUACCGCUGUGCCUUGAAGGACUUAUCAAUUAUUUCUCGCCGUCCCAUUCUGGUAUACCAUUAACACACGCGUAUUUGUACGCGUUAGGAGUUGUAGGGCUAAUGAGUCUCCAAGCGACUAUGCUUCAUCCCAUGCUUCUAUGGCUAUUACAUAUGGCUUUGAAGAUACGUGUGGCUUGCUGUUCUCUUGUAUAUAGAAAGCUCCUCCGCCUAGAUUUAAACGUUGGUGGUAAAGCCACGGAAGGCCUAGCAGGCCACGUAAUAAAUCUACUAACUACAGACGCACAAAGAUUCGACAUGGCGGCUCUAUUCGUGAUGGACUUAGUUAGGGCGCCGAUUGAAAGUGCUCUUAUUGUAUACCUUAUGUAUAGGCAGAUAGGGGUGGCAACGUUGGUAGGAACCGCGUUUAUUUUGUUGUUCAUACCGUUGCAAGGAUACCUCGGUAAAAUAUCUAGCAAAUUACGAAGAAAGACUGCUCUGAGGACUGAUAACAGAAUACGUAUGAUGAACGAAGUGAUACAAAGUAUAGAGGCUAUUAAGAUGUACGCUUGGGAGAAUGCAUUUGCUAAGAUUAUAGGUCAUGCAAGGAGAAAAGAAAUGAACGUCAUCAAGAAGAUGUCAUGGCUGCGAGCCGUCAUGAUAUCAUGUGUGAAACUUAACACCAAAGUUGCCAUAUUCCUAAGCAUAAUCUCAUUCAUAUCAUUCAGGAACGAACUCACAGCUGCUAAAGUUUACGUCAUAUUUACUUAUUACGAAAUGCUAAAGUAUAACUUAGUAGAUUUCCUACCAUUAGCUAUUACUUUUACUCUGGAAGCGUACGUGAGUGUGAAAAGGAUGCAAGAGUUCUUGUUGCUCGCCGAAGUCGAUAAUCAAGAUGGCGUGGAUUUGGUUACUAUAGAUGAAAAACAACCGGUAUCGAAUGGCGUAUUUGAGAAAAUUGGAAACGGCCAACAGACGUACAUCAAGUCUGAAUCAAACCUAGAACAGGCGAAACCACAGGCGUUACUGUCAAUGCAAAACUACACCGCGUACUGGAGGAAUACAGAAGAUGAAUCAUUGGAUAAGAAAGUCGUUGCACUUAAAGACAUCAAUCUUACGAUUAACCCCGAAACUUUGACAGUGAUCGUAGGUACAGUAGGUUCAGGUAAAUCUACCCUUCUUCAGGCUAUGUUAGGCGAAAUAACUUCAACCAGUGGACAUAAACAGAAAAACGGGAAAAUCGCUUAUGCAGCUCAAGAUCCGUGGCUCUUUGAGGCUUCGGUUCGUCAAAAUAUUCUCUUCGGGCAAGACAUGGAUCUGCGUCGAUACAAGCAGGUGAUCAAGUGUUGUCAACUGCAGACUGACUUAGAGAUAUUGUCGCACGGAGACAAAACUAUAGUGGGAGAGAGAGGCGCCUCCCUUUCCGGUGGUCAAAGAGCAAGAAUAUCUCUGGCUCGGUGCGUUUAUCAAAGUGCCGAUGUAUACUUAUUGGACGAUCCGUUGGCUGCUGUCGAUGCCAAGGUGGCUCAAGCCAUAUUCCAGGAUUGUAUACGCGGCUUCCUCAGGUCCAAAGCGGUGAUACUGGUCACCCAUCACGUUCAUUAUACCGCUAACGCAGACCACGUGGCCGUUAUGAGGAAUGGACAGAUCGUAGCUCAAGGUACAUACCAGCAACUGAAGAACGGUGCUAACGAAUUCGAGAAGCUAAUAGAAGUGUCCGAGAGGGACAAAGAAGAGAAGCAGAAGCAUAACGCGAUCAACUACGAAAACCAGGAGACUAUUGAACACAUUCACAAACUCCGGUCCCAGAGAUCCAUGUCUGUAGCGUCGCAGUUAUCCUUCAAUUUGGAUUUGGAUAACAACUUGGAACCAAAAUAUGAGGGUGAGACUCAACACAAAGGCUCUGUAGAGAAAGGCGUUUAUAUGGCCUACAUCAAGAGCGGUGGCAGCAAAUGGACAAUGUUGCUGCUAGUGUCAUUAUUCGUUAUAGCACAAAUAUUUUACUCAGCGACAGACAUAUGGCUGAAAGAAUGGGUUAAUAUAGAGGAACAACACAGUGCUGCUGUUCACAAACAAGCCAGCACAAACAUUACAGACGCAAACCCACCACACAGUAUAGUUUACGAAGACCACUCGCUCAAUCGUUUCGGCUUAUCCCGCGCUGAAUGCAUCUACGUGUACGGCGCAUUGAUAGCAGUCUGCGUACUGUUCACGUGGAACAAACUGGUUGUGUUCUAUAACACUUGUAUAAGAGCUUCUGUGGCCCUACAUGAUACUAUGUUUAGGGGCGUUACCAAUGCUCCUAUGUGGUUUUUCCAUCACAACCCGUCCGGGCGAAUUCUGAACCGCUUCUCUAAGGACAUGGGACAAACUGACACUCUACUUCCGGUGGCGCUAGUGGACUGUUCAGGGUUUAUCCUGGAAGUGAUCUUCAUACUAAUUGUAGUAUGCUUGGUCAACUGGUGGCUCCUUCUACCCACUGGCAUUCUCGUUGUGUUCCUAUUGAUGUUGCGUCACCUGUACAUGUGCACCAGUCGGGAAUUGAAACGGAUAGAGGCUAUAGCUCGCAGUCAAUCCCUAAACCACGCAGCUGCCACAGUCUCCGGCCUAACCACCAUCAGAUCCUGCGGCCUCCAACAACGUUCCGUGGGUCGGGAGUUCGAUUCCCUGCAAGACUUGCACUCGUCCUCCUGGGCCAUGGUCUUAAGUACCACCAGGGCUUUCGCAUGGUGGAUGGAUAUGGUGUGCUGUGCCUUCCUAGCCUGCGUCACUGCCAGCUUCCUGCUGCAGACUGAUGGCACUAUGGGCGGUAACGUCGGUCUGGCUAUAACUCAAGUGCUUGGCUUGGUCGGUAUAUGCCAGUUCGGCAUACGACAAACGGCUGAGGUGGAAAACCAGAUGACUUCCGUUGAAAGAAUGCUGGAAUACAAGAACUUACCACCAGAGACUCCCGUGGAACCUGACGAAAUCGCAUUGAAGAAUAAACAUCCAGGACUUGACCUAAACAAGUGGCCUACUGUUGGUGAAAUAGUAUUCGAAGACGUAUCUCUAGAAUACGAAAAACCUCCAAAAAAGGACACUCCAUCACCGGAACCUCUUAAGGAAGAACUAGCCAUCAAGGAAGAACCAGCUCUAGCCAUAAGGAACGUCAGCUUCACCAUCAGGGGGGCAGAGAAGGUAGCUGUGGUGGGAAGAACUGGAGCUGGGAAGAGUUCUUUACUCAGCGCGCUGUUCAGGUUAAACAGCAUAUCAGGCAAUAUCCUAGUAGACGGCGUACGCGCCGAGGAGACAGGGCUGCGAGCGUGGCGUUCUCGCCUUUGCGCGUUACCGCAGCGAGCCGCCAUGUUUGCGGCAACCCUGAGGGAUAACCUCGACCCGGGGGCUGUGUACAGCGACGCUGAUAUAUAUAGGGCGUUGGAACAAGUGGAACUUAGUGAAAUGGUAGCCAAUCUACCAGCCGGUUUGAACACUAAAGUAGGAGACGGCGGUGGAAACCUAUCCAGUGGUCAGAAACAACUAAUUUGUAUGGCGAGGGCUGCACUAGCCGGGGCCCGGGUUCUAGUCCUGGACGAGGCAACUGCUAAUGUGGACUCUACGACAGACAAGAACAUACAAGAGACAAUAAGGACCAAAUUUGCGGAUUCAACAGUCUUAACCAUAGCUCACCGUUUGAAUACAGUCAUGGACUACGAUCGGGUCAUUGUCAUGGAUAAAGGCCGCGUGGUAGAAACUGGGCACCCUUACGAGCUUCUCACUCAAACAAGUGUAUCAAAAGCUGAUCAGCCACAUAGGAGAUCGCUUUUAUCUAAAAGUCAGGCGCCUCUAGCCAAACCAGAAAGCUUUACACACGAGUCCGCAGACAAAUUGGACGAUGAAUCUACCAAACUGUUGGCUGGAAUGACAAGAACGCACAGCAAGUCUGAAUCUGAACAAACUACUGGAAUAUUCAAGCUCUUAGUGGAACAAACUGGAAAGGACACUGCAGCAAUGCUAUACAAAAUGGCUGAGGAGAGUUACAAAAAAAUGUUGCAGAAGAAGAAUGACUAGCGCAAUUUCUUAUUUAUUUAUUGAAUAGUUCUAUGAUAUACAUUAUUUAUGUAUAUUAAGUUUAGUACUUGUGUUUAUAUCAUCUAUUCUAAAUAACGCGUACAAACUUGUGAAGUCUGGAUUGCAUAGAUUUUACAGAAUGUCAAAAGAUUCUUAUGUGAUUUUCACAUAGAGGUAUAAGAAUAGAGUAGGGGAGAUAUAGACUCUACUACAAGUGGAAGUCCCUCUAAUAGAAGGAGAAAGAAGAUGAGAUACCCCUAGCUUUCUCCCUCUAAUCGUGCAUGCGCAUUGGCAACCGUAAGCUUCUUACUAUUUCGAUGUGAGGCCAUUGGAUGCCAUGCGUCACAAGAGAGAGAGAUAGCUAGCGAUCUCUCAUCUUCUUUCUCUUUCUACUAGACUCACACUUUUAGAGCCGCCUUCCCCACUCUAUUCUUAUACCUUUAUGGAUUUUUAACCUUUCUAUAAACGCCAAGAUACCGUACAGUUGUACGGAAGCGCCCCAAAUAAUAUCUACUAUAUAUGGUAGAUACGCUCGUCGGUAUACACGCACACAUUGACUGCUUUCAAACAAUCUGACAUCAGAGUCACGCACACAAUGCGAGUAAAAUGAGCCGUUUUCUUUGCAUGGUUUAUUUGGAUGGUUCAUGCAAGGCGUGUUUAUAAUCAAUGUUGUCAAUUUUAAACGUUAUGUCGUAAAUAUUAAAGUCGAAAGAAAAAAAAAUCGUGUACUGUUCACACUGCAAGCAAGAGGAAUACAGGUAUGUUUACGUUUUUAUCUAAAUGAGGUCUAUACAUGGUGUACGAAAGAUUUUAUUUUUGUACUUUGUUAUAACUUUGUAUUUGCAAUUGCACUUUUUAAUUUUAUUUGAUUUGAAUAAUUCAAAUCAUUGAUGCUAUUUUGAGAAGAGAUUGAUAUGAUUAUUUACAAGCAUCUUUAAUUUUAAAAUAUUAUUUUUAAUGGAUUUAGUUUAUGAAUAAUUAUGAAAAUGACAUGAAACUAUUAAAGUUUUUUUUUUAUAAUUUACGUUGAAUGAAAAUUUGCACAAAAAGGAAAUCGCUCGUGAAUACAAAUGCAUGUAUGAAUCAACUGUUUUUAACAAAUUAAAAGUAAAAGUCCAAAUAAUAUUGGAAAUUGAUAAUUCUACAAUUUUCUUUUACAUACUUACUGGUUGAUUGAUACUUUAUCCAGUGUUUUUAAGGCUAUGCAUGUUUUGUAAUUAGAAUAUCUCGUUAUGAUAUUCCUUAAUUAUGUUUAGUGUCGCUUCUUAAACUUAAAUAACUCUCUUAAGUGACGUUUCAGUAUUCGAACUUUACUGUUAUUAAAAUAUAAUAUCCUUUUACCAUUUAAAAUACACUCACGAGCAAUGUACCCCUAUUCCUAAAUAUCCUAAAUCCGGGCUUAUAUUCCCAUUUAUUAUAAAUUUCUGACUAUUUCUAUAGAUACAUGUUUUCAUGUAACUUUAUUGAGUGUAGAUGUAUAAUUUUAGUAAGAAUGCAAUAGCAUUCAAAGUUUUAUUAAUUACAAUUAUCAACCAAAUCUAAUCACUAAAUAGAAAAGUCGAUAUCCAUUGUUCUUGAGUGUAAUUUUAUUAGAGGACAUGCAAUAGUUAUGUGAGGUAAUUAUUUCAGAAUAAAGAGAUAUGAAAAAGUUAUUAAAUUUGUUUAUCAAUUUCGUAAUGGUGCUGGGAACACUGCUGGUAAAAAAUGUUGAUAAACACUAGAAAACAAAAUCUAAUGAGCCAAUCUUAUUCCAUUUUCGUGUAGAUGUCUCGGAACGUAAUCCAAAACCGAGAGCCGAUAUAUUGUUUUCAAAUGUUAUAAAUGUUUGAAAACAUUUUCCUUGAAUGUAGGAGCACCCAAAAUAUUUAACAAUUCGUAACAGAAUGUAAUAAUUUCCAACAUUUGUUAGAAAAUGUUUCACUGUAUUUUAACAACAGUGUGGAAGCAUCAUAAGAUAUGCCUGUCAAAAUGUGCUCCUUUGCUUAAGCGAAAAUUUAAUGUUGUCAUUGUUUAUUUGUUAUUUUUUUAUAGAUUACAGAGUUGAUGUGGAAUUUUAUUUUGUAAGAUAUUUCUGGAUUUUUAGCUCUUUUAAUUAUUGGACGUCCUCACUAUAAUAUUUGUUCCUGUAUUUGUGAUAAUUUGAAAUUUUGAAUUUUUCUUAGUCUUAGCACCAUAAUGAUUCGGCUAUUUUUUACUACUUACAUAAUAUACAAACUAAAGUGUUACUUAAUUUACCAAUUAGUUUGAGGCGAACGAAAGAUCUCGAAAAUUACUGCAACUUAAAGCAUUUAAAAUUUAGACAAAUUUUAUUAUAUUACAAGUAUGAACUAUGAGGCUUAAUGAUAUGCUACAUACAAAGAUGAGAAUGCCACUAAAAUGACAAAUGUAACUUAAUUAUUACAAGUUUUUUCGCAGCUGGCAAAACACAUAUUUUAUGUGACCAAAAAUUAUUUAAAUACCUACUAGAAAAUAAUGGAAAUGAUUCUUACAUGAUUGUAAAAAAAAAACUCCUUAUUCCUAUCAAAACAUUAUCCUGGAGAGUUCCUUAUUACCUUGUUCUUUAUGACCCAGUCUUGUAAAGCUUUUUUUAUCCUAACGUGGCCAUGUAUCUUACUUUAAUCUAAGUUGCCCAUUUAUUUAGCAACGAUUUAUUAGGUCGACCUAUAUGUAACUAACUAUUCAAUGGAAUCUAUGAAUCUGAAUUAUACGCACUUCUAAUUCUUGUAUCAUCAUGUAAUUUAGCAAUAGGGGUGAUGACGGGGUACAGUAAACGAAAUUCUAUUUAGUCCGUCAGUUAGAUGAUCAAAAAAUAAUGGACACGUAUUAUUUCUUUGGCUUUUUGGUUGAUUACCAAAAAAUGACAAAGUUAUAGCGCGUCAAAGUUUGGGAGUAGGGGCUCGUGACGUCACUUUUAAGUGAAUUUUCGCUUAUAAGUGUACUCAAGCGUGACGUCAUGCAACUUUUCAAAUCAAUAUAUCUCUGGAAUGUUUAUAUUAUGUGAAAAAAGAAAAAAUACGUGACCAAUACUUUUUGAUAAUCUACCUGAUAAACGAAGAAAAAAAAAAUAGUCAUCAUCCCUAUUAUAUGUAAAUUAGAUGACAAUAAAAUAUAAUGGUAUCAUCGAGCUGGUCUGGUGAUGGGACUGGAAGGUGGCUGAUGGGACCCUGGCCUGCUUACUAGUAAACAUAUCGAGUUUAGGUUCGCAGUAUAUAAAAGCGUGUUUUUAGUUUUUGACACUAAUAAUUCUAAACCAGUCUUCCUUAAACAUUUUGGAAUGAUGGAACAUAUUCUAUUAUUUUAUAAUUUACACAACGGUGUGAUAAAUAUCCACUUUUUUGGAGUCCAUGAGUAGUUAAUUACGUACCGAUGUUAAUUUUUAAAGUACUUAUCGAAGAUUUUAGGAAUAAGUUGCUAAGAUCAAUUUAAGGUCAAUUAUGCGAGUGCUUCGAGUUAAAAUAUAAUGAUUUUGAUUCGUCCAGAAUCGACUGAUAGAGCGAGGUGCUAUUUUUCUAUGUAUCUUCCGUAAUAGAUAUCUAUCGAUCGAUGUAAAGCAAUGAUAUCGAUUCUGGCAUGAUUCUCUGAAGCUAAAUUUAAAUUUGACAACAGUGUAUCCUUGUCAUUCUCUAUACAGAAUGAAAAAAAGAGGCUGAUAUUAAAUUUAGUUUUAAGUUAAGAGAAUCAUGCUAGAAUUGCCACCAAUGUUCAUGAAUUAUGAGAUUCAUUGAAUAUGUACAGGUUGUUUCGUAAACACUCUAACAAGCCGAAAUUUACCUAUUUUAACAUGUCAAUAUAAAAAUUAUUAAUUGUAGCAGAAAAUACUUUCGAUACAAAUGAAAAGAUUAGCUGAUUGAGUUUUUAUGCAAAGUAGUGUUUAAUACAAUUAAGUACAUUUUCAUUUUAUUUUUAAUAUUCAGCUUGUUAGUGUGUACUGAACAUCCUAUAUAACAUGAUUUGUUGAAGUUGCUAAUUGUUUUUGUCAGCGCCAUCUGUUGGGCGCGACUUAACUCACUUCACCUUGAUUGCACAAAUAAACGCAUUGUAGAUGCUAAAUGCUUGAAAACCAAGUGUAGGUAAUGCUUUUAACGACUUGGAAAUGAUAUGGAAUACCAUCUGCAAUAAAAAGUGGUUCCACGCAAACUGCGAUCAAGUGGGCGGGGCAAAGAAAAUGCGAUCAACACGCCCUUCACGGGAUUGGUUGGGAUUUUCGUUUAACAUUAUCUUACCCAAUGAAUGGAUAGCCGAAUUGAUCUGCAGAUAAUUGAUUUGUCAAAUUAUUUUGUUUUUCUUCUGUGUGCGUAUCGCGUUAGCAUUGAAGUUUAGCUUAUGGGUUUGGAAUCAUAUUUUAGUGGCCAGCAAUGCUCCCUAGAAUUUCCGUUUCGUUAAAUAAUUUAAAUAAUAUGAAUUAGGAAUGUACCGAACAGUAUUUUGUUAAUAUCCACUUCAUAAUAAUAAUUUAACUAGCGAAAUUUUAUUUAAAACAAAACUAUACAUCACUUUAGUUAGUAGCGUAAUUUAUUUGUAUUUAUCUGACGGUAUCGCACUCAAAGACGUGAGUUAACUCUUAAGUUUGAUCAAAGUUGAUGUUAGUGUCGAAUCUUGCAUGAUUCUCUCUCUAGAUCUUAAAAAUAAAAUUGACAACAAUCUAUCCUUGUCGUUCUAGAAAAGGAUACACUGAUGUUAAUUUUAGUUUUAAGUUUCGAGAAUCAUGCCAGAAUCGGCACCAUUGUCUUUUUCACCACAAUAUCAAGAGAAUAAUUCGUAAUCGCAAAUGGGAAACAAAAAGCUAUCCCACAAACACUAAAACUUUUAAAAUGUUUCCUCGUGUUGCAAAAUGUUGCUUCACAAAAAUUAAUUCCACAUAUUUUUGUGCUAAUUAAAUUUAUCAACCUUUCAAUUGAAGUAUACCAAAUACAUGAAGUUCUUUUAUGAACCUCAUAUUUUCUGCACUGCGUGUUAUCACAAUUGAUCUAUAAAUAUAUUGCAACUUCAUUCAGAGAUUAAAAAAAUAUUGAGGCUAAGAAUAUACAGGAAUACAGUUUAAUAAGAAAAAAAAAACAAAGACUGAUUUGUUUUUUGCUUAUUUUUAAUAAUAGAAAUUUCCAAUGUACGCCUUGAUAGUUAAGACUAUUAUUUACUGUUAAUUAUCCUGGGGAAGUGUUUAGAUUAUAUAAUUUUUUUUUAUUUACUGAAAUAAAUGGAUAAUUUUCUUAAGUUGCUACAGCUAACAUCCUCAUAAAUAUCGAUAUAACCUCAUAAACGUAUUUAAUUAGAUUACGGCAUAUUAAUUUACGACAGUGAUUUUUUAUUUAUUAUUACGGAAAUAAAAAUAUGAGCCAACUAAUAUUACGUAUGUUUGUUACUUAAUCACGGAAAAACUACUGAACUGAUUAGGAUGAAUUGGUAUGCAUAGCUUGUUAUCACGAUGUUAGGUUCCGGAGGGAUUUUCAAAGAACUAAAGUUCACGUGGACGAAGUCGCGGGCGGCCGCUAGUCUUCCAUAAAAUACAUAAGGUAGAGGCACCAAUGACCGACAGGAGCCAAUUAUCGGCAUUUUUCGUGUAUAAUUAAUGAAAAGGGUAGGUAACCGAUCACUCAAUAUGGUAACACCUAGCUAUAGACGCUCAGUGUUACCAUUAUUUAGUUCCUGUCGGUCUUUUGUGCCACUACCUUACAAGGGAGUCUAGAAAAUUUAUAUAAAAAUUAAUGAAUCCCAUAGAAAAUCAUUCCUUUUUGUUAUGCAACAAUAUGUAAAUAAUUAGUUGAAUAUUAUACAGAAACUUAAUGUUUAUGGGUAUCCUUGAAAGAGUUUUCUUUAAAUAACUUUUUUUAUAUUAUAUUAUAAUAUCUCGAAUAGUAUAAUGUUACCAUAUUGAUUAUUUAAUUACUUACUAGCCGCACUGUUAGUACUCCACUUAAUAAGCAAUUAAAUAUAUUAUCUGAUAUACAUACAUAGAAAAAUAAAUAUUUUU